UUUUCGAAGAACUUAAUAAAGAAAAGAAGCGGAUGGAGAAAACGGCCCGGGACCCAAAAAUUUCCGGAGGCAUUUUAGCCAAAAUGGAUAUUGAUAAUAUUUUAGCCAACAUUCAGGAAAAAAUAAAUAAUUCAGGAGACAAAAAGUUGAUUGAAAUAGUUUUAGAAAUGGAAAUAAAAGGCUUAAAAUUUGCCCGGGGUUUAGAUUUCAAUAACUCUGAAAUCAAAGACUUCAAAAUCGAGAACAAUACCAUCUACUUCCCGUUUACGGCUAUUGCUGGGAUUGGAGAAAAAGUGGCUCAAAAGAUUAUUGCUUAUCGUCGAGAAAAGAAAAAAAUUACUAGCAGUUGGAAAGAGGAGUUGGCUAAAGUAUUAAAUAUUAACCACAUUCAACAAUUAGAGAAUUUGGAAAAACAUAAUUUG